CAGGGUGGUACAAAUCAAAACAGCCGAUCCGCGGUGUUUACCUUUUAGUGUUUUGCAAAAAUCUCUUUGUUUUCAUUGCAGAAAACGUAGAAUUUUCACACAUCUGACCACUACGGGAUGAUAAAGACUCUCUAGGGACUCUCUUGUGCUAUGUGAAGAGAUAAAUUGUGUGCAAAAAGCGAAUUAAACGACAAUUUUGGGUGCGCCCCGCGAAACAUAACCACACUUUUGUGUUUGACAUUGUUGGUGCAAAGUGGAUGUAUUUUUGUGUGAUUUUUGAGUGCAUUUUCCUAAUUUACAAUGACUUCCGAGGAGCCAGCGUGGAAGAAGAAGCUCUUGCAUAGCUUAAAAGAACGCAAUCGCAAGGAGACAUCAUUUUUUGAUAGUAUUUUCGCUGCCAACAAUCGACUAUUCGACUCCAAUGUUCAGCUACAGAUGGAGAAUCUCCGCCUUUCGGUGGAUAAUGAACAAUUGCGCUCAGGUGCCGGGUUGUCGGGUGACAGCAGGAGUGGUGUGUCUUCCGCAAAGAUUCAGGCCAUGGAGAAGAAACUCAUGGCACAGCAGGAAGAGUUAACAGAGCUGCACAAGCGCAAGGGUGAGAAUGCCCAAAUGAUUGUGGAUCUCAAUGUUAAGCUCUCCGAGAUGACGAAGAAGGCCCAAGAUAGGGAAGAGAAGUACACGGAACAGGUGACACUCAAUCAGAGCCUCAAAGCUGAAGUUCAGAUGCUCACGCAGAAUAUUUCUGAGCUAAAGGGACUCAAUACAAUUCUCCGGGAUGAAUAUACUGCCCUCCAGUUGGCUCUCUCUUCCCUAGAAGAUAAAUUGAGGAAAGUUCAGGAUGAGAAUCGUCAGCUUGUGGACAGAUUGAUGAAGUAUAAAGCAAAGGAUGCCGACAAGUUGAAUGAGGAGAAUGAGAAUCUCCUGCGCAAAAGGACUGAGAAGAUGCGCCGUGAACUCGAGGAUGCAGCUCAGGAUGCCUCGAGGCGCUCUAGUAGCCCAAUACUGCCGCAUGAUGGGAAGGAUCGUGGAUUGGGUGAUCUGUCGGGGGCUGGGGCAAAGGCAGCUGGAUUCUUUAGUGUCUCCCUUCCAACGAGUGUUCAUUUGAAGUUUGAUGCUCACGAUGGGGAGGUCAAUGCUGUGCGCUGGUGCCCCCUGGAUCGCAUCAUUGCCACCGGUGGGGCUGACCGGAAGGUUAAGCUGUGGGAUGUUGGAACAGGAACAAUGGAACCACGUGGGACUCUCGUGGGCAGCAAUGCCGGUGUAAAUUCCGUGGAUUUUGACUCAACGGGCACGAUGAUUUUGGGGACUUCCAAUGACUUCGCCAGCCGUGUGUGGACAGUACAAGAUCAAAGGCUACGGCACACUCUGACCGGGCACAGCGGGAAGGUAAUGGCAGCAAAGUUUCUCAGUGAGCACACGAGGGUGGUCACGGGUAGUCACGAUCGCACGCUCAAGGUGUGGGACCUGCGGAAUCGCGCCUGCAUUGAGACAAAAUUCGCUGGCAGCAGUUGCAAUGAUCUCGUCACUACGGACGGGUCGGGAUCAUGCAUCAUCAGUGGGCACUUUGACAAGAAAAUUCGCUUCUGGGACACACGCACGGAUUCCUCAUCCAAUGACAUUCUCCUCUCUGGACGCGUAGCAUCACUUGAUCUCUCGCGCGACUGCAACUACCUCCUAUGUUGUGUCCGUGAUGACACAAUUAAAAUCCUGGAUUUACGUAUGAAUAACAUUGUCAAGUCCUUCAGUCAUGAUGGCUUCAAGGUUGGAUGUGAUUGGUCACGGGUCUCCUUUAGCUCCGAUGGAACAUACAUUUCGGCAGGUUCCGUCGAUGGGGGUGUCUACAUUUGGAAUAUCUCAGGACGUCUCGAGAAUAUCCUCAAGGAUCACUCGAAUGGCACAUUUUUUGGCAGGUCUGCAGUUACAGCCACAUCCUGGCACCCGUUUAGUUCGGUCCUCGCCACGGUGGAUCGUUCAAAGAAGUGCACAAUCUGGGCUGAUGCCUGACCGCAAUUGCAUGCUUGCUGAUGUGACUCCUCUUCCUCCGGCGUCAAAAGUUUUGCGAAAAAUCAAUUAGCAGAAAAAUAAAAGAAAAGGUAAAACAACUCCAAGAAAUUUAAGGAAAAAAAAUCAAAUAAAAUGUGGAUUGAAUACAAAUUCUCCCGUUGGGCAAUGUUAAUAUGCUCACUCAUCUCCUUUGCAGAUUUCAAUCAUCCUAUAUAUGUAUAUUUUCUUAAAAUAAUGAUUGAAAAAGAAGUUUUUUUUUACAACAGCAGAGUAUAUAUUGCGCUGUUUUGGACGUUGAUAUUUUUUUACAUCACAAAAUUAUAUAUUGUUUUUCUUAACUAUAUACAUAAUAUUUACUUUCAAACUCCUCAAGAAAAAAAUCCCGAAAACAACCAUGUACAGUUAUGUAAAGUGGAUUAUUAAACAUUUUUACCUUUUUUGGUUAUAUAUAAACAAAA